AUGGAGAACAGCACAGACAGCGGCAGCAAGCUAGCGGCUCUUAACUCGGCCACGCUAGGAGCUGAAAUGCCACAAAUUACGUUGCCAGAUGGAACAAAGGUGCAAACGGGAACGAUGGGUGCAUUGCUCAUCAACAUCCGUACGUAUAACGAAGCACACAUGGCUGGAAAUAAGGACAAACUAGCUCAGCUGGAAGAAGCGAUGCGCGCGACGUUGCCAAUGCUAGACAAGGUUGGCAUGUUCGACCUCUUCGCACCGGAAGAAUGGAUCCAGGGGAACAACGAGGGUCGGAAGAUCGUGGGUAAACUGUAUCAACAAUUCAAGUCGGAGCAGAAGUAG